GACUGCUUACAUUAAAGGAGUUCCUCUUCCUUGUUUCAUUGAAUUGAGUUUGCUUAAUCAGACAUGGAGCAAACGGACUGCAAACCCUACCAGCCUCUCUCAAAAGUCAAGCAUGAAAUGGAUCUAGCUUAUACCAGUUCUUCUGAUGAAAGUGAAGAUGGACGAAAACCAAGACAGUCGUACAACUCCAGAGAAACUCUGCAUGAGUACAACCAAGAACUGAGGAUGAAUUACAAUAGCCAGAGCAGGAAGAGGAAAGAAGUGGAGAAAUCUACUCAAGAGAUGGAAUUCUGUGAAACUCCUCACACUCUGUGCUCUGGCUACCAGACAGACAUGCACAGUGUUUCUCGGCAUGGCUACCAGCUAGAGAUGGGCUCUGAUGUGGACACGGAGACGGAAGGUGCGGCCUCACCUGACCACGCUCUGAGAAUGUGGAUACGGGGGAUGAAAUCAGAACACAGUUCCUGUUUGUCCAGCCGGGCCAACUCUGCACUGUCUUUGACUGACACAGACCAUGAAAGGAAGUCGGAUGGGGAGAAUGGUUUUAAAUUCUCUCCUGUUUGUUGUGACAUGGAGGCUCCAGCUGGGUCUACUCAAGACAUGCAGAGCAGCCCACACAACCAGUUCACCUUCAGACCCCUCCCACCACCGCCGCCGCCUCCGCAUGCGUGCACCUGUGCCAGGAAACCACCCCCUGCAGCCGACUCUCUUCAGAGGAGAUCAAUGACUACCCGCAGCCAGCCCAGCCCAGCUGCUCCAGCUCCCCCAACCAGUACACAGGAUUCGGUUCAUCUGCAUAACAGCUGGGUCUUGAAUAGCAACAUACCAUUGGAGACCAGGCAUUUCCUGUUUAAACAUGGGUCUGGUUCCUCAGCUAUCUUCAGUGCGGCCAGUCAGAACUACCCGCUGACGUCCAAUACCGUGUACUCGCCCCCUCCCAGGCCACUUCCUCGAAGCACCUUUUCCAGACCUGCCUUUACCUUUAACAAACCUUACAGGUGCUGCAACUGGAAGUGCACAGCCUUGAGCGCCACUGCAAUCACAGUGACUUUGGCCUUGUUGCUAGCCUACGUGAUUGCAGUACAUUUGUUCGGCCUGACUUGGCAGUUGCAACCAGUUGAAGGACAGCUCUAUGAAAAUGGAGUUAGCAAAGGGAACAGAGGGACCGAAUCCAUGGAUACUACUUACUCUCCAAUUGGAGGAAAAGUUUCCGAUAAAUCAGAGAAAAAAGUGUUUCAGAAGGGACGGGCGAUAGACACUGGAGAAGUUGACAUUGGUGCACAGGUCAUGCAGACCAUUCCGCCCGGCUUAUUCUGGCGUUUCCAGAUUACUAUCCACCAUCCUAUAUACCUGAAAUUCAAUAUUUCUUUAGCCAAGGACUCUCUGCUGGGAAUUUAUGGCAGAAGAAACAUUCCACCUACACACACGCAGUUUGAUUUUGUAAAAUUGAUGGAUGGAAAACAACUGGUCAAGCAGGACUCUAAGGGCUCUGAUGAUACCCAGCACUCCCCUCGGAACCUGAUCUUAACCUCACUGCAGGAGACCGGUUUCAUAGAGUAUAUGGACCAAGGGCCUUGGUAUCUGGCAUUUUACAAUGAUGGAAAAAAGAUGGAGCAAGUAUUCGUGUUAACCACAGCAAUCGAAAUAAUGGAUGACUGUUCAACCAAUUGCAAUGGAAAUGGAGAGUGUAUCUCGGGCCAUUGUCAUUGUUUUCCAGGAUUCCUUGGGCCUGACUGUGCGAGAGAUUCGUGCCCUGUGCUGUGUGGCGGGAAUGGAGAAUACGAGAAAGGACACUGUGUCUGCCGAAAUGGCUGGAAGGGGCCAGAGUGCGACGUUCCAGAAGAGCAAUGCAUUGACCCAACAUGCUUCGGUCACGGCACCUGCAUCAUGGGGGUCUGCAUCUGUGUGCCAGGCUACAAAGGAGAAAUAUGCGAGGAAGAGGACUGCUUAGACCCGAUGUGUUCCAGCCAUGGCAUCUGUGUAAAAGGAGAAUGUCACUGUUCUACUGGUUGGGGAGGAGUCAACUGUGAAACCCCACUUCCUAUAUGUCAAGAGCAGUGCUCAGGACAUGGAACUUUUCUUCUGGACACUGGAGUGUGCAGCUGUGAUCCCAAGUGGACAGGAUCUGACUGCUCAACAGAGCUCUGUACCAUGGAGUGUGGUAGCCAUGGAGUCUGCUCAAAAGGAAUUUGCCAGUGUGAAGAAGGCUGGGUAGGACCAACAUGUGAAGAACGCUCCUGUCAUUCUCACUGUGCCGAGCAUGGCCAGUGCAAAGAUGGAAAAUGUGAGUGUAGCCCUGGAUGGGAGGGCGACCACUGCACAAUUGCUCACUACUUAGAUGCUGUCCGAGAUGGCUGCCCGGGGCUCUGCUUUGGAAAUGGGAGAUGUACCCUGGAUCAAAAUGGUUGGCACUGUGUGUGUCAGGUGGGUUGGAGUGGGACAGGCUGCAAUGUUGUCAUGGAAAUGCUUUGUGGAGAUAACUUGGACAAUGAUGGAGAUGGUUUGACGGACUGUGUGGACCCUGAUUGUUGUCAACAAAGCAACUGUUAUGUAAGUCCUCUCUGUCAGGGCUCACCAGAUCCUCUUGACCUCAUUCAGCAAAGCCAACCCCUCUUCUCUCAGCACACCUCAAGACUCUUCUAUGAUCGAAUCAAGUUCCUCAUUGGCAAGGACAGUACUCACGUCAUUACUCCAGAGAUCUCAUUUGACAGCAGGCGUGCUUGUGUGAUUCGAGGCCAAGUGGUGGCCGUAGAUGGAACCCCUCUAGUAGGGGUGAAUGUUAGUUUCUUGCACCACAGUGAUUAUGGGUUUACCAUCAGCCGGCAAGAUGGAAGCUUUGACCUCGUAGCCAUUGGUGGUAUUUCCGUCAUCUUAAUUUUUGACCGAUCACCUUUCCUGUCUGAGAAGAGGACACUCUGGUUACCUUGGAAUCAGUUCAUUGUGGUAGAGAAAGUAACCAUGCAGCGAGUUUUAUCAGACCCACCAUCCUGCGACAUCUCCAACUUUAUCAGCCCAAACCCUAUUGUGCUUCCUUCACCACUCACAUCAUUUGGAGGGUCCUGUCCAGAGAGGGGAACUAUUGUUCCUGAGCUGCAGGUUGUACAGGAGGAGAUCCCCAUUCCUUCCAGCUUUGUGAGGCUGAGUUACCUGAGCAGCCGCACCCCUGGGUAUAAAACCCUGCUCCGGAUCCUUCUGACACAUUCGGCCAUUCCUAUGGGAAUGAUAAAAGUACACCUCACAGUAGCUGUGGAAGGGCGACUCACACAGAAGUGGUUUCCUGCUGCAAUUAAUCUCAUCUACACAUUUGCUUGGAACAAGACCGACAUCUAUGGACAGAAGGUUUGGGGCCUGGCAGAGGCUUUGGUAUCUGUGGGAUAUGAAUAUGAAACAUGCCCUGACUUUAUUCUCUGGGAGAAAAGGACAGUCAUCUUACAAGGCUUUGAGAUGGAUGCUUCUAACCUAGGAGGCUGGUCAUUGAAUAAGCAUCAUAUUUUGAAUCCUCAAAGUGGAAUCAUACAUAAAGGGAAUGGAGAAAUUUUUUUCAUUUCCUUUUUUUUUCCAGUCAUAUCAACCAUAAUGGGUAAUGGACACCAACGGAGCGUAGCCUGUACCAACUGCAAUGGCCCAGCUCACAACAACAAACUCUUUGCUCCUGUUGCCUUAGCUUCUGGCCCUGAUGGUAGUGUGUAUGUUGGCGACUUUAAUUUUGUAAGACGAAUAUUUCCCUCAGGAAACUCCGUUAGUAUUUUGGAAUUAAGCACAAGUCCUGCUCACAAAUACUAUCUGGCUAUGAACCCUGUGUCUGAAUCACUUUAUCUAUCAGACACCAACACUCGAAAAGUCUACAGGUUGAAAUCUCUUGUGGAAACAAAAGAUCUGUCCAAGAAUUUUGAAGUGGUGGCAGGAACAGGUGAUCAGUGCCUUCCCUUUGACCAGAGUCACUGUGGAGAUGGCGGGAGAGCAUCAGAAGCUUCACUGAACAGCCCUCGAGGCAUCACAGUUGAUAGGCAUGGAUUCAUUUACUUCGUGGAUGGGACCAUGAUUCGGAGAAUUGAUGAGAAAGCGGUGAUCACAACUGUAAUCGGCUCAAACGGUCUGACUUCCACACAGCCACUGAGCUGUGACUCGGGAAUGGACAUCACUCAGGUGCGAUUAGAGUGGCCAACAGACCUUGCAGUCAAUCCCAUGGACAAUUCAUUGUAUGUCUUAGAUAACAACAUUGUGCUGCAAAUUUCUGAGAACAGGCGUGUGCGGAUCAUCGCAGGGCGCCCCAUUCACUGCCAGGUGCCAGGCAUCGAUCAUUUCUUGGUCAGCAAGGUGGCAAUUCACUCCACUCUGGAGUCAGCCAGGGCCAUCAGUGUCUCCCACAGCGGGCUGCUCUUCAUAGCUGAAACAGACGAGAGGAAAGUAAACCGCAUUCAGCAAGUCACCACCAACGGAGAGAUCUCCAUCAUAGCUGGUGCCCCUACUGACUGUGACUGCAAAAUUGAUCCCAACUGUGACUGUUUUUCAGGUGAUGGUGGCUAUGCCAAAGAUGCAAAAAUGAAAGCCCCUUCCUCCUUAGCAGUGUCACCUGAUGGUACCCUAUAUGUCGCAGACCUUGGGAAUGUUAGAAUUCGUACCAUUAGCAGGAACCAAGCCCACCUGAAUGACAUGAACCUUUAUGAGAUUGCUUCACCUGCUGACCAGGAGCUCUACCAGUUCACUGUCAAUGGAACCCACCUGCACACCUUGAACUUGAUAACACGGGACUAUGUAUAUAAUUUCACCUACAAUGCCGAAGGUGACUUAGGUGCAGUUACCAGCAGCAAUGGCAACUCUGUGCACAUUCGCCGUGAUGCAGGCGGGAUGCCCCUUUGGCUUGUGGUGCCUGGCGGGCAGGUGUACUGGCUGACCAUAAGCAGCAAUGGAGUCCUGAAAAGAGUGUCAGCCCAAGGCUAUAAUCUGGCCUUGAUGACCUACCCAGGAAACACGGGGCUUUUGGCUACCAAAAGUAAUGAAAAUGGAUGGACAACUGUUUACGAGUAUGACCCCGAGGGACAUCUGACCAAUGCAACGUUUCCCACUGGAGAGGUCAGCAGUUUCCACAGUGACCUGGAGAAGCUGACAAAAGUGGAACUAGAUACUUCCAACCGUGAAAAUGUCCUCAUGUCAACCAACUUGACAGCAACUAGUACCAUAUAUAUUCUAAAACAAGAAAAUACCCAGAGUACCUAUCGGGUGAGUCCGGACGGCUCCCUCCGCGUGACCUUUGCCAGCGGGAUGGAGAUCAGCCUCAGCUCAGAGCCCCACAUCUUGGCCGGGGCGGUCAACCCCACCCUGGGCAAAUGCAACAUCUCCCUGCCCGGAGAGCACAAUGCAAACCUCAUCGAGUGGCGGCAGCGCAAGGAGCAAAACAAAGGCAACAUUUCAGCUUUUGAAAGGAGACUGAGGGCCCAUAACCGAAACCUGCUCUCCAUAGAUUUUGAUCAUAUAACUCGCACAGGAAAGAUCUACGAUGACCACCGGAAAUUCACUCUUCGAAUUCUUUAUGACCAGACUGGACGACCUAUUCUGUGGUCUCCCGUAAGCCGAUAUAAUGAAGUGAACAUCACAUAUUCACCUUCGGGAUUGGUGACGUUUAUUCAAAGAGGGACGUGGAAUGAAAAAAUGGAAUAUGACCAGAGCGGAAAAAUAAUUUCAAGAACUUGGGCUGAUGGGAAAAUUUGGAGCUAUACCUACUUAGAAAAGUCUGUGAUGCUUCUCUUACAUAGCCAGCGGCGUUACAUCUUUGAGUACGACCAGUCGGAUUGUCUGCUCUCAGUCACCAUGCCGAGUAUGGUGCGCCACAGCCUACAAACCAUGCUUUCAGUGGGCUACUACCGGAACAUCUACACCCCGCCAGACAGUAGCACUUCUUUUAUCCAAGACUAUAGUCGGGACGGCCGACUGCUGCAGACCCUGCAUCUGGGAACAGGGCGCAGAGUUUUAUACAAAUACACCAAGCAAGCCAGGCUGUCUGAGGUUCUCUAUGAUACCACUCAGGUCACGUUAACAUAUGAAGAGUCUUCUGGAGUCAUUAAGACAAUACACCUGCUGCACGAUGGCUUCAUUUGCACGAUCAGAUAUAGGCAAACAGGACCUCUUAUUGGACGCCAGAUCUUCAGAUUCAGUGAAGAAGGGCUGGUGAAUGCUCGGUUUGACUACAGCUACAACAACUUCCGAGUCACCAGCAUGCAAGCUGUGAUCAACGAAACCCCUUUGCCCAUAGAUCUGUACCGAUAUGUUGAUGUUUCCGGUAGAACAGAGCAGUUUGGAAAAUUCAGUGUCAUUAAUUACGAUUUAAAUCAGGUCAUAACCACUACGGUGAUGAAGCACACCAAGAUCUUCAGUGCCAACGGACAAGUUAUUGAAGUCCAAUAUGAAAUCCUAAAGGCCAUUGCCUACUGGAUGACUAUUCAAUAUGAUAAUAUGGGGCGUAUGGUAAUAUGUGACAUAAGAGUGGGAGUAGAUGCCAACAUAACAAGAUACUUCUAUGAAUACGAUGCUGAUGGGCAACUUCAGACUGUUUCUGUAAAUGACAAAACCCAGUGGCGUUAUAGUUAUGAUCUGAAUGGAAACAUCAACCUCUUAAGCCAUGGAAAUAGUGCUCGUCUUACUCCUCUCCGAUAUGACCUCCGAGACCGCAUCACCAGACUAGGAGAAAUUCAGUAUAAAAUGGAUGAAGAUGGCUUUCUGAGGCAGAGGGGAAAUGACAUAUUUGAAUAUAAUUCUAAUGGUCUGCUGCAGAAAGCCUACAAUAAGGCUGCUGGCUGGACUGUGCAGUAUUACUAUGAUGGGCUUGGGCGACGUGUCGCCAGUAAGUCCAGCCUAGGGCAGCACCUUCAGUUCUUUUAUGCGGACCUGGCCAACCCCAUAAGAGUUACUCAUUUGUACAACCACACGAGCUCAGAGAUUACAUCCCUGUAUUAUGAUCUCCAAGGUCACCUUAUUGCCAUGGAGCUAAGCAGUGGUGAAGAAUAUUAUGUAGCUUGUGAUAAUACAGGCACCCCACUGGCUGUGUUCAGCAGUCGAGGUCAGGUGAUAAAAGAGAUACUGUACACGCCUUAUGGAGAUAUCUAUCAUGACACUUACCCUGACUUUCAGGUCGUCAUUGGUUUCCAUGGAGGACUCUAUGAUUUGCUUACUAAAUUAGUGCACCUGGGGCAAAGGGAUUACGAUGUUGUUGCUGGCAGGUGGACAACGCCUAAUCAUCACAUAUGGAAACAGUUGAACCUCCUUCCUAAACCAUUCAACCUCUACUCCUUUGAAAAUAACUACCCAGUUGGCAAAAUUCAAGAUGUUGCAAAGUAUACCACAGACAUUGGAAGUUGGUUGGAGCUGUUUGGUUUCCAGUUACACAAUGUUCUACCUGGAUUUCCCAAACCAGAAUUAGAAAAUUUGGAAUUAACUUAUGAGCUUCUACAGCUUCAGACAAAAACUCAAGAGUGGGAUCCUGGAAAGACUAUUCUGGGUAUUCAGUGUGAGCUCCAGAAACAGCUCAGGAAUUUCAUUUCCUUGGACCAGCUUCCUAUGACUCCCCGAUACAAUGAUGGCCGGUGCCUUGAAGGAGGGAAGCAACCAAGGUUUGCGGCUGUUCCUUCUGUUUUUGGAAAAGGUAUAAAAUUCGCCAUCAAGGAUGGCAUAGUAACAGCUGAUAUUAUAGGAGUAGCGAAUGAAGAUAGCAGGCGGCUUGCUGCCAUUCUCAAUAAUGCUCAUUACCUGGAAAACCUACAUUUUACCAUAGAGGGGAGGGACACUCACUACUUCAUUAAGCUUGGGUCUCUGGAGGAAGAUCUGGUGCUCAUCGGUAACACUGGGGGGAGGCGGAUUCUAGAGAAUGGUGUCAAUGUCACUGUGUCCCAGAUGACUUCCGUGUUGAAUGGGAGGACUAGACGGUUUGCAGAUAUCCAGCUCCAGCACGGGGCUCUGUGCUUCAACAUCCGGUAUGGGACAACUGUCGAAGAGGAAAAGAAUCACGUGUUGGAGAUUGCCAGACAACGUGCUGUUGCCCAGGCCUGGACUAAGGAACAAAGAAGACUGCAAGAAGGGGAGGAGGGUAUUCGAGCAUGGACAGAGGGAGAAAAGCAGCAACUUUUGAGCACUGGGAGGGUACAAGGUUAUGAUGGGUAUUUUGUUUUGUCUGUUGAGCAGUAUUUAGAACUUUCUGACAGUGCCAACAAUAUUCACUUUAUGAGACAGAGUGAAAUAGGCAGGAGGUAACAAAAAAAUCUCUGCCUUUGCGUCACCAAAGACUGCCUGUUUUUAAAACAUAAAA